CUCUUUCAAAAAAUAUCACCCCGCCAAUCCAACGCCCCCAAACCCAUAACUAACUUUCACUCCCCUUUUUUUAAGGCCCCUCCACCCUCCACAUCCUUCAAUGCUUCCCAUCCCUCCCUCGUAAACAUGCCGCUAUCUGCUUCUUCGUCUCUUCCCGAAUCUUCCGCUCGUCAUUACUCGUAUAGCCGCAAGCAGAAAUCCCUCGGCCUCCUUUGUUCCAAUUUCCUGAGCAUGUAUAAUAAGGACGGCGUUGAAUUGAUUGGUCUUGAUGAAGCCGCAGCAAAAUUAGGAGUUGAGAGACGGCGGAUCUAUGACAUUGUCAAUGUUUUGGAAAGUGUUGGGGUUCUUACAAGAAAAGCUAAGAAUAAAUAUACAUGGAAAGGUUUUGGGGCAAUUCCUAAGGCUUUACAAGAUCUUAAGGAAGAAGGUUUCAGUAGUAACUUCAAAAACGUUGAUGCCAAUAAUAAUGCAAAGGUCACUGAUGGUGAUGGUGAUGAUGAUGAUGAUGAAAAUGAUGAAGGAUUUUCCAACCCUAACACUGGAAGUCAGACUGAGACUUCAAAACCUAGCACUGUUCUUCAGUCUUGUGCAUCGUCGAAAGUUGAUAACCGAAGGGAAAAAUCCCUGGGACUCCUUACUCAGAAUUUCGUCAAGUUAUUUGUCUGCUCUAAUGCUGAGUUGAUCUCCCUUGAUGAAGCAGCGAGGUUAUUGCUUGGUAAUGCUCACAAUGCCUCAAUAAUGAGAACAAAAGUAAGGAGGCUAUAUGACAUUGCAAAUGUGUUGUCUUCCAUGAAUCUUAUUGAGAAGACCCAUACUGUAGAUACCCGGAAACCUGCAUUUAAGUGGUUGGGGCUGAGAGGGAAAUCAGACAAGGAACCUGCUGAUCCCUUGGAUCUUAAUGAGUCCAAGAAAAGGGUGUUUGGAACUGAUGUUACAAACAUUGGUUUCAAGAAAAAUAAGGUUGAUUCUUCAAAUGAUUCGAAUGCCAAUCAAUGCGCAAAGAUGAAAAAGCAAAUAAAAGUUGAAAAUUUGGUGACUCUGGCUGAUACAAGCAGCUUGGAGAAUUCAAGACAAAGUUCGAAGAGCUAUCAAUUCGGUCCUUUUGCUCCUGUAAACUUGACCAAAGCCAGUAACUCCGGGAAUAAUAUGAAACGGGUUAAUGAUUGGGAGAGUUUUGCUUCCACUUACCGUCCUCAAUAUCACAAUCAAGCUUUAAAGGACCUCUUUUCUCAUUACAUGGAAGCUUGGAAAUCAUGGUACACGGAAGUUGCUGGCAAGAAGCCGAUACAACAACUUUCAUAAUGCUUUCGCCACUUGCCUUUCUCGUUUGGACUGCUCAAAGACUAUAGGCAAUUGGAAGCCAUUCAUUUCCUAACCUCAUCUAUCUCCCUUCUCUUUUCCCCAAUUUUUACCUUUUCCUUUUACAUAGAAGAGAUUAACUCUUGUACGUAUCAUUCUCUCUUUCUACGAACUUUGAGUGACAACACUUGUACGCAAUUAAAAAGCUUUGCUUGAUAGAAAUGAUAAAAAU